AACCCGGCCCAGCAGCCUAGAGCGCGUCCGUGUUAUGUGUGCCAUGGACUCAGCCCAGUAAUAUUGACAAUAGGGCGAAAAAGGGACCGAUAUUCCCUAAUAAAACAUAUUUUCUGGAUUAAAAUAACAUAUUAACGCGGUGUGUGGACGUACAGAGAUACCCGGGGAUGUUCGUAUUUCAGCUGGAUCCUUUUCUAUCGUCGGAAAUUUGAGUGUUUGAUGGGAUUAUUGCUGUGGGUUUGGCAGUUUUUAAGGCCAAAAACCGAUUUUGUGUCUUUCUUUUUCUUUUUCUGCUGCUUCAAGAGGCCUUGAAGGAGGAAAGACGGUUAAAAACACCCAAAUCAGCUCCUCACAUCGAAAACAUCAAGGGCUAUGUCCUCCGCAGCCACCACGCCUCCAUCAGUGGAUAAAGUAGACGGAUUUUCCCGGAAGUCUGUCCGGAAAGCCAAGCAGAAACGUUCUCAGAGUUCCUCACAGUUCCGCUCUCAGGGCAAACCAAUCGAACUCACACCUCUUCCCCUGCUCAAAGACGUCUCUGCUCAGGAGCAGCCGGAGUUGUUCCUGAAGAAACUUCAGCAGUGUUGUGCUGUGUUUGAUUUCAUGGACACUCUGUCAGACCUGAAGAUGAAAGAAUACAAGCGCUCAACCCUCAACGAGCUCGUUGAUUAUGUCACAGUCAGCCGAGGAUACCUCACAGAACAGGCCUACCCAGAGGUCGUCAAAAUGGUGUCCUAUAAUAUAUUCCGAACUCUUCCGCCUAGUGAAAGUAAUGAGUUUGACCCAGAGGAGGAUGAACCCACUCUAGAGGCCUCGUGGCCACAUUUACAGCUGGUAUAUGAGUUCUUCAUUCGUUUUUUGGAGAGCCAGGAGUUUCAACCCAGCAUUGCCAAAAAGUACAUAGACCAGAAAUUUGUCUUACAGCUGCUGGAGUUGUUUGACAGCGAGGACCCGCGGGAGAGAGAUUACCUGAAGACAGUCUUACACAGAAUCUACGGAAAAUUCCUGGGACUAAGAGCUUUUAUACGAAAACAAAUUAAUAAUAUUUUUCUACGUUUUGUUUAUGAAACUGAGCACUUCAAUGGAGUCGCAGAAUUGUUGGAGAUUUUGGGAAGCAUCAUCAAUGGCUUCGCUCUGCCACUAAAGGCCGAGCACAAACAGUUUCUGGUGAAAGUUUUGAUUCCUCUUCACACCGUCAGGAGCCUCUCACUUUUCCAUGCACAGCUGGCAUAUUGUAUUGUACAGUUCCUAGAGAAAGACCCUGCAUUAACAGAACCAGUUAUCAGAGGUCUGCUGAAAUUCUGGCCUAAAACCUGCAGUCAGAAAGAGGUCAUGUUCCUUGGAGAGUUGGAGGAGAUUCUGGAUGUGAUUGAGCCUACGCAGUUUGUGAAGAUCCAGGAGGCCAUAGUAGCUUUAGUCUAUAAUGUUCUGAAGGCCUUCAUGGAAAUGAACAGCACUUUGUUUGAUGAACUCACAUCCACUUACAAGUCAGAUCGUCAGAGAGAGAAGAAAAAAGAGAAGGAGAGAGAGGAGCUGUGGAAGAGGUUGGAGGAUCUGGAGUUAAAGAGAAGCCUCCAGAGCGACGGAAUUAUUCCCACUUAACGACGCGCCUCUCCCGGACCGCUUUUUCCCAACGCCUCCAACACGCGCUCGGAACGUUGGCCACAUUUUUUUCCUUUCUGUAUUUGUGCGACUUACUUUACCGUAGAUUCACCUCGUCAGUCUCAUUAUUUCAAAAGCACUGUAAAUAACUUUAUUUUAUCUUUUUUUCCCCCCCCUUAAAAAUAUUAUGCAGAAAAAGAAUGUGACGAGAAAAGGAAAUAAAAAAAUUAAAAUAAGCAAAAAACAAGAGAAACCUGUACUGGAGGGGGAAGGACUUUGAACAGACAGUAGAACUGAAAUGAAUGACUGCUGUUAAGAAAAUCAAACAAACAAACCGAGAAUCUCAUCCCACUGAUCUGACAUACCUCGGCCAUCCUUACUGAACAACACGAGCCCAAUUCUCUCUCUCUUUCCUCACCUGCCCCCUUCUCUAUGUACCUUACUCUUCCCCGCUUUUUCUUUUCCUCUUUCUGUUUCUGAAUUGGAUCAACAUUCACCACCCGUGUGUCCUGAAUAUCUGAAAGCAGAGUAGUCUAUCCUGGACCUUUGUUUAUUCGUUAACAUCUGGAUAAAAGCAGUGGGUCUGGAUUGUAGACGUCUUGAGGAGACGCAAAAGGGCACUAUGCAGUAACCAGCAAAGAAGAGGAAGUCAUAAAUACCCCCUUUUCGUUAUUUUUCUGUCCAAAUGUGCUGCCCUGUACACUCGUUUGACCUCUAGCACCAGUCCGGUACUGGUACCAGUAAAUGGGACACACACACACAUCGGAGCGGGUGUCCAGAAUUCCAGCAGCAAAACCGGAGAUGCUUGUCAUGAGAAAUUGAACUGCACGUGCACACACACAUUCUGCAUUCGAGUGUGUGAGGGAGUUUCUUACAGUGUUAAGUACCUGUAUACUGUAUCUGAAUGCAGUACUUUGAUACUCUGUAUCUAGUAGAACCUUUAGCGUAUUUUUCUUUAGGAGAAUCCAGUAUAUGAUGAGGAAAGAUUGAACACAACCUCUUGGGAUUUUUUUUUUUUUUCUUUCUUGGGUUUCACUUCUAAUUUUGUUUUGGGUUUAUUUAAUUUUUUUUUGUCAGGAAUUGUUUUUUUGUUUAGUUUUUUUUCUUCUGACCAAGUGGAAUUUGUUCUCUCUUCCUUUUUUUACUUAGUUGCUGAUUUGGGGGGAGUGAGAGGGGGAUUGUGGAGGACUGAUGCUGUGGUAAACUUUGUCAGAAUUGAACCCCAGAAAUCAAACGAUUACAAAAGUUAAAAAGGGUCGGAUAAAUACAAAUGUUUAAUUAUUUUAAAAAAAUAAAGAGAUAUUAAAUUAAACCUGUUUUGUGAUAAAGAUGAAAUGCACAUUUGCCUUAUUUGUGGCGUGUGUGAGCGGAUGAAAGUGUAUCUGUAGGAGAGGUAUAUGUAUUGGGCACCAAAGCCAUGUGAAAACUUGGGCAUUAUUGCAGCUGAAAAUCAUGAAAUGGUUCAGAUUUGUUUUCUGAAGUACUAAAACUGAAUAAUUUUCAUGGCCUUUGGUUCUGUUAAUUGAUCUAUUCUUUUAAGUUUCAGUGAAUCGGCUUCACAAAGAACAAUUGGUUCCCAAACUGAACUGAAUCAGAAUGGCAAUCGCAAUGAGUCUUACUAAGCAUAACGAAUGGCUUCUGUAAACCAGUUCUUGUAAUUAAUCGUUCAAAAAGAUUCAAGAUUCAUUGGUGAACUGGUGUGUUAUCGGUUUGAAUUAGUAAGAAUGAUUCGUUACUUACUUAACCAACAACUAAUUUCAACUCAAACUGCUACUGUUUGGCAACCUUGACAAUGAGUCAUACUUCUCAUCACACACUGUCAUGAAUGACUCAUGAUCUGGUCUAAUGAAUUAAUCAAAAAGACUCAUGAAUUAUUAGUGAACUCCUAUUUGAAUCAGUCUGAAUAGUUCUUUACACACUCAACCACAAGUCAAUUAUUUGGUUAACUUUGGUUAAAUUUGUCAUUACUCUUUUAUUUAUUUUUUUUAGACGCCUGGCCACUAUGAAUACCAUUUUGUUGCAAAAUCUUUGUAACAGUUCUUCAAAAAGUUUUCUGCAGGGUACAACACUGCAUAGCUUGGAUUUGGAAUGACUAGAGGGUGAAUAAAUAAGAGUGUGUUCUUUUUCAGCUGACCUGUUACUUCAAGUGUGAUUGACUAAUUGUUUAUAGGACAAUGUGUAGUUUGUGUGUGUAAAUUCAGCCCUCUACUCGCAAGUACCAAAUUCUUCCACAAGAGUGCAGCAGAGCUCAACAUUAAAAAAAUGUCAAACCA